AACCCUCACUGGAGUUUUGGCAAGUUAUCCAUGAAUACCUGCUGUCCAUCAAGCAGUACGGAAAUCUGUGCCUACACACUGGCAAUGUCAAACAUGCCAAGACCUACUUCACAGAGGGCCUCACAAUGGCCAGGAAAUGCUUGCUUGUCACCUGGUGUGCUAUUUUCUCUGUUUGCCUGCUGAAGCUGUCUCUGCUGUAUCAUGAUACAACAUCAGAAGCAGACGUCUUGUUGCAGAGUGCUGUAAAUUUAUUAAAGAAGCACAAGUUAGCAGUCAACAGUACAGAGCUGAAAUAUGUCGACGGCAAGAGCGCAGCAAGUGCUCUCACCAGUGACGAUCUGUCGCGCAUGUUUGACACAAGUGCUGCUGUGACUGGUGCUGUUGUCGGUGACCAGCAGCCGUGUCCCUGCAGCUGUAAAACCAAUG